AACUGUAUCAUCCCAAUGUACAUUACGGGGUCGUUUGGUCUCGUUCAGAUCAGUGGCUUUACUGCUCUAGACCGAGAAUCCUCCAGGCAAAAUGGACCUCUCCUCGCUCCUGUGGUGGCUCGGUGGGGCGGCUGCUGUGCUCGCCGUGUUUAUCGUCGGGUUCGGGAUCGUGUACCGGAGGAUCGCUGGGGUGUCCUCGUCGAAGGCCAGCAUGAAGGGCAAGACGGUCAUCAUCACGGGGGCUUCUGCAGGCAUAGGCAUGGAGGCGGCCAGGGACAUUGCAAGGCGCGGGGCGAGGGUCAUCCUUGCCUGCAGGAACCUGACGAAGGCGGCAGGAGUGGCAGCCGACAUCCAAACAAGCACGGAAACAGCGACGUGGUUGUGCGUGAGUUGGACACCUCCUCCCUGGCCUCCGUCAGGGCCUUCGCCGCUAACAUCCUUGCCACGGAGUCCAGAGCCUGCAGCCACAACCCCAAAUUCAAGAUGUUGUUUUCCACAACUCAACCCCCUCAAAAUCUUCCGUCCCUGACGAGGCAUCGGAGACUCGACGAGAGGAGACUGACUUCGGAAGGGCUCGAGAUGACGAUGGCGACCAACCACUUCGGACACUUCCUUCUCGGCAACUUGCUCUUGGGGUUGCUGAAGAAGUGUUCUCCCAGCAGAAUAGUGAUCACUUCCUCAGACUCUCACGGUCACAUCUCGGGUUUCGAUCCCAAGAAUUUGAACUUCGAAAAGGGCGAGUUCGGACCUUACCGUUCCUACUGUCAGUCGAAGCUCUGCAACGUCUUAUACGCCCGUCACCUGUCACACCUGUUGGCUGACACAGGUGUGGUGGCCAACUCUCACUGCCCGGGUCUCGUCGCCACGGAGAUCUUCCAGAAAUCGGGAGGAUUCUUGGUCGGCAAACUCUUCCGGUUCUUGGCUCUGUUCAUGUCGAAGACGGUUGAACAAGGCGCGCAGACGAUCAUACAUCUGGCAACGGCUCCGGAAACAGCGACCAUAAGCGGGAAGUUCUUCAUGGACUGCAAGGUAUCCGAGGUAGAAUCUUCUUACGGAAGGGAUAACGCCUUGGCCAAGAUUGUCUGGGAAGAGAGUGAGCAGAUUGUAGGCCUAAAACCCGAAGAAAAACAUUACUAGAUAGGCCUAUGGUGAUACUGAAAUGCCCAGUGGUAGUUAUAGUUGGUUUUUAAGCUCGGUCAGUGUCAGUGUAGUAUGUGUCAUUACUAUGUUUCUGUAUUUUUUAUGUUUGUAAGUGUUUUUUUUUUCUUAGUUUUGUUAGUGGAUAUUUUAGAACAGAGGAUAUUAGAUAUUUUUAUAUAGCAUUAAAAGAUAGAUAAAAAUUAAUGUUUGAUGGAAAUGGAAUCAACUUUUAGAGUACAUUUAACAUUCAAAGUGGAAAAAAUGAACUAGAAAUGUGAUUACAGAAAAAAAAUAGUCGACCAAAAAAUAAAUAGGUUUAGAUCAGAUAUACAU